AUGCUGAGCUUCCCAGACCAGCAACGGAAAUUUGAGCAGUUACGCGCUCACUGGGAGGCUGCUGAUACCGGGAGGAGUACGAAGAUGGUCGGCAGGAGGGCGAAGCCAACGCCUCAAGAGGGCGUCGGUGGCGACCUUCAGCACAAUGCAGGAAGCAAAUUCCGCAGGAAACUGAGCAAUGGCUUUGCACUCAUCUCACUCACGCAACGUCGACAAUCUUCGAGCAAUGCGUCACUGGCUGUGAGCGCGCCCAGCACCAAUGACAGCUCGACUGCAUUCCUGGACCCCGAUGCUUUCACUUCACUCCACACCGAUUCCACGUCAGUGAACACCUUCAGCGACCCACCUCUGCCACUGAAAGGCAAUGCACGAGCGAGUGAAGAUCGUCAAACGCCUCGUACAUUACCUCGAUCGCGCACCUUCAGCUACAUACCGCGCCUGAUCAAGCUUGACACUGAGGCAUCGCCCAUUGCUGAACGCGAAGAAUCAAACAAUACAUCUCUAGAAACCGUCAUGACAGACCUAAAGCCGCAUCCGCCGUCUCGCAUACCCACUCCCAGCCCGCCGCAGUCGAAACGUAGAGUCUCGAGUCCACGUCAGUACAUUCCCCCAAAUCCUCCUUUGCAAGCAAGUCUGGCGAAAAAACGCCAGUCGUUCACGGGAGUUACCAAUGGGUCUCCGGCUAAGGCUGCACGAUCUAAAGAGGCUGCAUCGAUCAAGUCAGUGUCUACUUCUGUAUCAGCAACUGUAACUGAGGUCCCAGAGGAUACGGAUGAAGCGGCUCUCAUCGGUCAGACGCAGGUGCAGUACCGAUUUCAAGAUGAAGAUGCUGGCAGAAGUAUCGAGCUCAACAAGUUUCAGCUCGGAUCCCAGUCGAUGUCAUUCAGUGAUCCGACUGCGUUGCCUCCAACAAAAGCGGAGUUGGAUCUCAAAUCCAUAUCGCGUCCGGACAAGGCCACUGAAGAAUUGUCGAGCCAUCGGCGCUGGUCCAUCUCUCAGCGUUUCUACCCAGACAGUGCUGACGAUACCACUUGUGUGCAGGUCAAAGACUACAUGCCACCGUUGUACUGGGCCGGCCGUUUCCAGUCCAGGUUUGAUCAGUGGCGUACAGAAGCCAUGGUAGCAGUACGUCACCCUUAUGUCAAAUCAGAAGACGAUGGCCCUUUGGGACAGUGCGGUCUGGACGAAGAAAAGAAAGCGAUUGUCUUGAUAUUCAUGCAACUCAGAGAUCUCUGCGCCUCUGCACAAGCCGCAGACAGUCUCCAUGAAUUCGAGUACAAAUAUCGAAAGGAUCAUAAGCUUCUCGACACCAAAAUCAAUCUUCCACCCUCACUUCGUAAGCCCGACAACUCGACUGCCAAAGGACCUAUUGGCCGCGCUGUACGCAGACUGACGCCGCGAAAGGCUAGCUUUGCCAACUUGUUCAAGGGUAAAGGCUGGAACAGAGUUGAUGAUGCGAAGACUGUGGAUGUGUCCGGACACAUCCGUGAGCUUCAGGACAUUGCUAGUUUCUCUGAUGGACGAGGGGAUGAGGACGAGAAUAACUGUGAGAGUGUGCCGAUGCAUGCUCGUUGA